AAUGUUUAUUUAAUUGAAAUAUAGCCUUCUGAGUUCAAGAAUAAUAGCAGUUUUAUGUUUUCUUGUUGAUAUAAAGUGAUCUCAAAAACACUUGCAUGAACCCAGUGUUCUGGUCAGCUGGCUGCACCCCUCUUACUGCGGACGCCUGAUGUUACAGCGGGAGUAAGAGCAUAUGGCUGUGUUCAGGAGUGCUAGAUUACUAACUGGAUUGCAAAUUCCUGAAGACCGUAUUACUGUAUCUUUUGUCUCUUUUGUGUCUGGCACAGUUUCAAGCUCAACCUCAGAUUUUAAGUCCCAUGUAUUAGUUUUUGGUAACAAUCAUCAGUAAAGGAGAAUAUUUUAAAAACCUAUAAAGGAGUCCUUGACAAUACUAUCUAAAUCUUUUUAUACACUGAUAAUUUUAUAAUAUGCCAUGUAUAUAUUAGGUAAAUGCCUGUAGGUCUCCAAAGACCUAGAAUUGAGAAUCAGAGGGUAAACAUCCAAACAAAUCCUUCAGAUAUGGGAAAAGAAGGAAGGCAUUUUAUUUCUUUUUCAUUUAUAUUGAGGCAAAUCAUGAUAGAGCAGGUAUGAGAUUUCCUCAAGAGGUUUCUUGAAACUUAUUGGGUAUAGACCAUAAUACCUUCUUGCUGAUUCAUAUAGAAAUGAAUGAUAAAAUCAGAGGCACUUGGUUUGCGCACUUAAAGGAGUGUUUUCAUCUCUUCUCCCAGUUGAGGUCAUGACUUUGAAGAAAGGCUAAAAUGGUAUGAGUAUCAAGUAGCAUCCUACGAAAGGAUCUAAAACUAGAUUUUCUAGUUUGCUCAGUUAAAAUGAUAAAAUGAGAUAGUCGGAGACUAUCAGUUGUAAAUCUGAGUUAGAAGUAACACAGUAGCUGAAAAAAAUGUGUCAGUGAUUCACAAGAGAAAAUAAGAAAAAACAUCACUUCAGUUUUGCUUCAGAAAAGUUAAAAUAAAUGAUUUCUUAAAUAGAAAAAAAUUCCCCACAAGUUUGUUUCUCUGGUGCCUAUAGUACUUUGAAAAGAAUAUCUUUUUUAAAUGUUAAAAGGUGAUUAACUUUGUUUCAGCAACAUCUCUGAAUGACAUAUACCCCAUCAUAUGUACAACUAUUAAAGAACCCAUAGUGAUAAUGAAAAAUGAAAAUUUUAAAAAUCUCUUAUAAACACUUUAACACUCAUGCCUUUUUACUAGGGCAGAUAAAAUAAUAAGAUGAACCCAAAGUAUAAUGGAAGUAGAUAAAUAUAAUCUUAGGUAUGGCAAACUUGCUGUGAUAAAGGUAAUUGCUGGAAUAUGCCAGUGGGAAGUUGAGAUGGUUUGGAUGUUUGUCCCCUCCAAAUCUCAUGUUGAAAUGUAGUCCCUGGUGUUGGAGCUGGGGCCUGGUGGGAGGUGUUUGGAUCAUGAGGGCGGAUCCUUCAUGAAUAGCUUAGUGCCAUCCCCCUGGUGUGAUGAGUGAGUUCUUGCUGUGAAUUCACACGAGAUCUGGUUGUUUAAAAGUGUGUGACACUUCCCCCUCCCCUCCACUCUUGCUCUCACUCUCGCCAUGUGAUGUGGCUGCUCCCCUUCAUCUUCUGGCACAAUUGUGAGCUUCCUGAGGCCUCUCCAGAGGCACAUGUUCUGUACGGCCUGAGGAACCUGCUGAACCGAGGCCAAUUGUAAGAACUCCCUGCCCAUCCUUUUAACAAGAGGCUUAGAAAGAGACACGCCAAAACCACCUCCAAAAACCAAGAUCCCAAAGUCCAGGAGUGAGGGAUCUAUUCACGCCCACAGAGUACUGCAACCAGAGCUAUCUGAUGGCAUUCCUCAGCUCAGCCUGUGGCUAAGUCGUAGAAAAUCCUGCUUGGAAGACAUGAAUUCAACAGAGGAUGCUCAUAGUGCCAACUUGGCAUCCAGUUCACAGGAAGAUGAAAGACCUAUGUCACCUUUCUGUUUGAGUGCUCAUGUACCUCAAGUCAGCAAUGUGUCUACAACCGGAGAACUCUUAGAAAGAACCAUCCGAUCAGCUGUAGAACAACAUCUUUUUGAUGUUAAUAACUCUGGAGGUCAGAGUUCAGAGGACUCAGAAUCGGGAACACCACCAGCAUCUUCUGCCACAUCCGCCAGACAGCGACGCCGCCAGUCCAAGGAGCAGGAUGAAGUUCGACGUGGGAGAGACAAGGGACUUAUCAACAAAGAAAAUAUUCCUUCUGGGUUCAACAACCUUGAUGAUUGUAUUUUGAAUACUCAGGAAGUCGAAAAAGUACAUGAAAAUACUUCUGGUUGUGUUGGAGAAAGGAGCAAGCCUAAACGUCAGAAAUCCAGCACUAAACUUUCUGAGCUCCAAGACAAUCAAUACGGUCUUGUGAAUAUGGAAAGUCUCAAUUCCAUAGGAUCUCAGGAGAGAACUGGACCUGAUGAUUUUGAAAGGAUGUCUGAUGAAAGCAAAGAAAAUGAAAAAGAUGGUGGACACAGUCAGCAUCUCGAGAGCCCCACAAUGAAGAUCCAGGAGCAUCCCAGCCUAUCUGACACCAAACAGCAAAGGAAUCAAGAUGCCGGUGACCAGCAAGAGAGCUUUGUCUCCGAAGUGCCCCAGUUGGACCUGACUGCAUUGUGUGAUGAGAAGAACUGGGAAGAGCCUAUCCCUGCAUUCUCCUCCUGGCAGCGGGAGAACAGUGACUCUGAUGAAGCCCACCUCUCGCCGCAGGCCGGGCGCCUGAUCCGUCAGCUGCUGGAUGAAGACAGCGACCCCAUGCUCUCUCCUCGAUUCUAUGCUUACGGGCAGAGCAGGCAAUACCUGGAUGACACAGAAGUGCCUCCUUCCCCGCCAAACGCCCAUUCUUUCAUGAGGCGGCGAAGCUCCUCUCUGGGGUCCUACGAUGAUGAGCAGGAGGACCUGACACCCGCCCAGCUCACACGAAGGAUUCAGAGCCUUAAAAAGAAGAUCCGGAAGUUUGAAGAUAGAUUCGAAGAAGAGAAGAAGUACAGACCUUCCCACAGUGACAAAGCAGCCAAUCCAGAGGUUCUGAAAUGGACAAAUGACCUUGCCAAAUUUCGGAGACAACUUAAAGAGUCAAAACUAAAGAUAUCUGAAGAGGACCUAACUCCCAGGAUGCGGCAGCGCAGCAACACACUCCCCAAGAGUUUUGGUUCCCAACUUGAGAAAGAAGAUGAGAAGAAGCAAGAGCUGGCAGAUAAAGCAAUAAAGCCCAGUGUUGAAGCCACACUGGAAUCUAUUCAGAGGAAGCUCCAGGAGAAGCGAGCGGAAAGCAGCCGUCCUGAGGACAUAAAGGAUAUGACCAAAGACCAGAUUGCUAAUGAGAAAGUGGCUCUGCAGAAGGCUCUGUUAUAUUAUGAAAGCAUUCAUGGACGGCCGGUAACAAAGAGCGAACGUCAGGUGAUGAAGCCACUAUAUGACAGGUACCGGCUGGUCAAACAGAUCCUGUCCCGAGCCAACACCAUACCCAUCAUUGGUUCCCCCUCCAGCAAGCGGAGAAGCCCUUUGCUGCAGCCAAUUAUCGAGGGUGAAACUGCUUCCUUCUUCAAGGAGAUAAAGGAAGAAGAGGAAGGGUCAGAAGAUGACAGCAACUCGAAGCCAGACUUCAUGGUCACUCUGAAAACAGAUUUCAGUGCACGAUGCCUUCUGGACCAAUUCGAAGAUGAUGCUGAUGGGUUUAUUUCCCCAAUGGAUGAUAAAAUACCAUCAAAAUGCAGCCAGGACACAGGGCUUUCAAAUCUCCAUGCUGCUUCAAUACCUGAACUACUGGAACACCUCCAGAAAAUGAGAGAAGAAAAGAAAAGGAUUCGAAAGAAACUUCGGGAUUUUGAAGACAACUUUUUCAGACAGAAUGGAAGAAAUGUCCAGAAGGAAGACCGCACUCCUAUGGCUGAAGAAUACAGUGAAUACAAGCACAUAAAGGCAAAACUGAGGCUCCUGGAGGUGCUCAUCAGCAAGAGAGACACUGAUUCCAAGUCCAUGUGAAGGGCAACCCCCGCCCGAGCACUGGGGGCGCUGCGGCUGCAGUGAGAGUUCCCUGGGAAAGAGCAGUUCUGGAAGGCAGCCUUGGAGCUGGCCCUGCAAAGCAUGCGGCCCUUCUGCCUCUUGAUCAUUGGCAUCAGCUCCUAUUUCCAUUGCCUCCCUUAGAAACUGGCUGGAAGAAGACAGUGUGACCUGACUUAGGCAUUUUGUAAUUGGAAAGUCAAGACUUCUGUGUGUGUGCGUGCGCGUGCACACACACAUACACACACCCAAAUAGUGGAGAUUUCCUAACACUAGCAGAUAUGAAACACUACAUUAGAUGACACUCAUCUACAGAGAAUAUACACUGUUCUUCCCUGGAUAACUGAGAAACAUGAGACCAUUCUCUGUCUAACUGUGAUUAAAAACAAGCUCAGGACUUUAUUCUGUAGAGCGAGCUUGCUGUGGAGGGCCGUGCUCUCCUCAGACCCAGCUGAGUUUGAACGUGCAUUGGAGCCCUAUUUGCUGCCGCGGCCAUUCUAGUCACCUUUCCACAGAGCUGCGCCUUCCUCACGUGUGUGAAAGGAUUUCCCCUUCAGCCCUCAGGUAGAUGGAAGCUGCAUCUGCCCACAGUGGCAGUGCAGUCAUCAUCUUCAGGAUGUUUCUUUAGGACUUCCUCAGCUGACAAGGAAUCUUGGUUGCUGUGUAGGACUGAGUCAUCUUCAGAGGACAGACUGUGGCAGCAGCUGUAUGAAUGCUGACUUUAAAACCAGGUGAUGGGGGAAGAGCCUGGAGAUUCUUUCCUGAACACUGACUGCACUUAGCAGUCUCAGAUUUUAUCAUCAGACACUAAGCCAGGCCAGCAUUCUUAUGGCAACCUGUCUGGGCUGUUUUGUUGUGGCACUAGCCAAACAUAAAGGGGUUGCUUAAGUCCUAGCCUGCGUAUAAAGGAUCAAGGGAGAGAAAGGGCCUGUGUUCUCAGCCUCCUGAGUACUUAACAGAGUUUUAUUUUUUUUAAAAAAAGAAAAUCUGCACUGAAAUCCCCAAACUGACAGGUAAAUGUGUAGCCCGCAGAGCUCAGCCCAAGGCAGAAUCUAAAUCGCACUAUUUUCAAGAUCAUGUAUUAAAAAAAAAGUCAUGCCAUGUGGCCAAUUAUAAUUUUGUCAAAGACUAUGUCACAAAGCUGUCUAUAUUAGACAUCUUGGAGGGACCAGGGAAUGUAAAACACCAAAUCAUCCAUCUCUUCAGUGUGCUUGACGUCACUUUAUGAUUUGUUAUUUUUUCACUCCUGCACCUGCGCUGAGGACAGUGGGUUCUGGGUCCACCUUUGCGCUUCACCAGGCCGAGCCCAGAGAUCUGCUGGCCCACCAUGGCUGAUCAGAGAAAGUGCUUCAGGAGCUAUACCUUUGAAGACAGGUGUUACGGGAUGAACACGGCACAGACACCCUCCUAUAUGUUUUGAAAGUUGCCUUCUUGAAGGGCACAAGUUUGUUUUAAGGAAAAGGAAGGGGAUGUAAAACUAUACUGACCAGGUUUGUUUUUAAUAAGGGUUGUGAGAAACUGGCUGGUCCAGUGGGAUUUACAGCAACAUUUUCCAGGCUGAAGUGAGGUAGCAGCUCCCCUCUGUCAGCUGAAAGUUAAGUCAAGGAUGGGGGGAAAAAAGAAUGCCUUUACGUUUGCUCUUAAUCAUAUGGAAGCUUGAGCUAUGUGCUGGAAGUGCCCUGGUUUUAAUCCACACACAAAGAAGAUACAUAAUCCUACAGGUUUAAAUGUACAUAAAAAUAUAGUUUGGAAUUCUUUGCUCUACUGUUUACAUUGCAGAUUGCUAUAAUUUCAAGGAGUGAGAUUAUAAAUAAAAUGAUGCACUUUAGGAUCUUUCCUAUUUUUGAAAUCUGAACAUGAAUCAUUCAUAUGACCAAAAAUUGUUUUUUUAAAAAUACAUGUAUAGUCUGUCCUUUAAUAGUUCUCUUAAAUAAGCUAUAUUAAUCGGAUCAUUACCAGUUAGCUGUUAAAGCACAUGUUUAAGACUAUUGUUUUUGAAAAAUAUGCUACAGAAUUUUUUUUAAGCAACAAAUAAAUGAGAUGCUAGUAAUUGUUUUGGCAUCUGUUGUUUCUGCCAAAGGUAAAUUAAAAGAUUUAUUCAGGAAUCCCCAUUUGAAUUUGUAUGAUUCAGCAAAAGAAAACACCAAGUUAUGUACAAUAAAUUAUGUAUGGAAUGUU